CUCACCUGAACUCUCUCCCAGCUCUCUGCUCGUACGUCUGCAGGACAUACCAAGCCUGCAAAUCCCUGGCCUGAAUUGCUCAGCCUCCAUUUCUCGUAUGGCUACCCCGGUAAUCCUCGGCGUUGGUGCCAUUGCUGCCGCCUUUGCUGGUCGGCAUUUCAUUCGGAGAGCAGGAAGGGGUGCAGCGGAGGAGUUCGUGAAGGGUGGCUUUAAAUCAAAGAUGGACAGAAAGGAAGCCAUUCAAAUUCUCGGUCUCAAGGAUGGGCCUUCGCUGAAGUCUAAGCUCAAGGACGCGCACCGGCAAAUCAUGAUCUCCAACCACCCAGAUCGUGGUGGCUCGCCGUACCUCGCAAGCAAAAUAAACGAGGCGAAGGAUUUGCUGGAAAAGGAGAGCAAACGGUGAUAUUGGUUAUCAUACCGUAUGCCUCCGUAUUCUCCUCCUCGGAGACGAAACAUCCAUUCGAUGACCAGUGUCUGCUUUAGAUGACUAUUCUACUGUAUCAUUCUGUAAUAACAGC